AUGCUGAUAAUAUUUAUCGCCGUUGGUCUGACGGCAGUCUGCGCCGACAAGAGGCCAACUAGCAGUGACAGUGGUUUUGGAUCAUCCGGCUCUGGUGCCGGUGGAUUCGCUUCCGGCGGAUCUUCUGGCUAUGGAUCCACAGGAAGCAACUCCAUCAGCGGAUACGGCAGCAGCCUGUCGCAGCCGCAACAGUCUUAUGCUGCUCCAGCAGCUCAGCAGUCUUACUCGGCACCGGCGCCUCAGCAAACUUACAGCGCCGCCCGACCAAGCGCCCCGUCGUCGUCUUACAGUCAGCCGGGUCCGAGUAUUAGUCUGAGGACGCAGAGCGCCCCGCAGUCCUCUUACUCGGUGCCCAGCACUCAGGGAUCUUACAGCGGUUCUGCGCCGGCUCCUCAGCAAUCUUACAGUGCACCAGCACCUCAGCAAUCCUACAAUGCGCCUGCACCUGCACCAGCGCCACAGCAGUCCUACGGAGCACCAGCAUCUGCUCCUCAACAGUCCUACAGCGCCCCAUCCGCUGCUCCUCAGCAGUCUUACAGUGCACCAUCCGCUGCUCCUCAGCAAUCUUACAGUGCACCAGCACCUCAGCAGUCUUAUAGUGCACCGUCGGCUGCUCCUCAGCAAUCUUACAGUGCACCAGCACCUCAGCAGUCUUACAGUGCACCAGCAGCUGCUCCUCAGCAAUCUUACAGCGCACCGGCUCCUGCUCCUCAGCAAUCUUACAGCGCCCCUGCGUCCCAAGAAUACUCUGCUCCGGCUCCCCAGCAAUCUUAUGUGAUGCGACAAUCAUCGAAUUUCCGGAGGCUCUUGUUCAAACAAAGAUACCGCAGCAUGUAUGAUAAUAAAUUAGCUAAUAUUCCAACUGUGCAAGGUAUUCAGCAAUCCUACACAGCGCCCGCAGCAGCAGUUUCCCAGCCGCAGGAGUCAUACUCAUCUCCCGCUCAACAAUCAGACUACAGCAAUUCAGCAAGCUUCGAGAUCGACUUGGACACUCUUGGCCCGAUUCCUGAUCAGCAGUCCUAUUCUGCCCCUGCAAAUGAGAUUAGACUAGCUUAUGAUACCUCGGACCUUACCUUGUCAGGGCCUGCAAGCAGCUACACCUCUAAUGAACAGCAAGGGUACAUGAUGGAAAACCAAUCUCACAUCACCGCAACUGGCGUCCAAGAUUCUUAUGGAGCUCCACAGGCUCAACAGCAGCAGCAGUCAUAUUCAGCACCAGCACAAGUUGAGUCAUCAUAUUCAGCACCCCAGCAACAAGGCGCUUUCAAAGAACCUGUGAUUUCCUACGGAGGAUUCAAGCCCCUUUCAUCAGAGAGCAACUCCUACUCCGGAGGUUCCCAACAGCCACAGAAUUCGUAUGGUGCCCCAUCAGUCCAGCAGAGCCCAACUCCAUCUUACGCAGCUCCAGUUCAACAGAGCUAUCAAGUUGCUCCCCAGCAGAGCUAUUCUGCUCCAGCCCCUGCUCCCCAACAGAGCUACUCUGCUCCUGCUGCUGCCCCACAACAAAGCUAUUCUGCUCCAUCCCGCCCGCAGCCACAGCAGUCUUACUCUGCCCCUGCCCCUCAGCAAUCGUAUGGCGCGCCUGUUCAGCAGUCCUACUCUGCCCCUGCACCCCAACAGUCUUACUCUGCCCCUGCACCCCAACAGUCUUACUCAGCUCCUGCAUCGCAGCAAUCAUACUCAGCACCCGCUCCUCAGCAAUCCUACUCUGCUCCAGCAGCACAGUCAUCCUACUCGGCUCCACGAGCAGCUCCCCAGCAGUCAUACUCAGCACCUGCUCCCCAGGCACAGCAAUCCUACUCCGCACCAGCACCUCAACAAUCUUACUCUGCACCAGCACCAGCACCGCAGCAAUCUUACGGAGCUCCUCAACAAUCCCACAGUGCUCCUGCCCCUGCACCACAACAAAGCUAUUCUGCGCCCCAGCAGUCAUACUCAGCACCAGCUCCAGCGCCUCAGCAAUCCUACUCCGCACCACAGCAGUCAUACAGCGCCCCUGUCUCCAGCCCCACGCCGUCUUAUGCUGCACCAGUGAGACAGAGCUACAGCGCCCCUGCCGCUACACCCUCUUAUGCUGCUCCUGUUCAAGUUAGCUCCUAUGGUGGCGAUGAUUCCUUGGAGAGCUUGUUGUCUUCCUCGUUCUCGGGAAGCGGAUCAUACUCAGCACCUGCACCUGCUCCUCAGUCCUCGUAUUCUGCGCCGCAGUCAUCCUACAGCGCACCAUCAAGACCUGCACCAGCCCCGCAGUCGUCCUACAGCGCCCCGAAAUCCUCUUACGGAGCGCCAUCGCGCCCCGCACCCGCACCCAAGGCUUCCUACGGAGCACCAUCCCGCCCAGCUCCGGCGCCCAAGGCCUCGUACGGGGCACCAUCUCGUCCAGCUCCGGCGCCGAAGGCGUCCUACGGAGCCCCCCGUCCAAGCUACGGCGCCCCUGCUAAAGCAGCCCCGGCACCAAGCUACGGCGCCCCCGCAAAAGCAGCCCCGGCACCAAGCUACGGCGCCCCCGCCCGGCGCCCGCAGAGCUCUUACGGUGCCCCGAAGGCAGCACCCAGGCCCUCUUACGGUGCACCCAGACCUGCCCCAAUUGCCACUUACGGAGCCCCGAAAAAGGCUGCGCCGUCGCCGAGCUACGGAGCCCCGAGACCUCAGCCAUCUUACGGCGCACCCAAGAAGGCCGCACCAAAGAAAACCAAGGGCUAUGGAUCCUCUUUUUAA